AUGGACCUCCCAAAGCUCAACCCCACCCCAACCCGCCACCCAGACCUCUGCCUAAGCAUCUCCACAACCCUCCUCCAGACCCUCAGCGAAAUCCUCACCACCACAGACGGCGGCCCAGACACCACAGGCAACAACCUCAUCCUCUCGGUCGGCAGCGGCAGCGGCCUCCUGGAGGCCCACCUGCAGGACCACAUCGCCCCCCCGCCCUCCAGGUCCUCCCCACCCGGGCCCACCUGCCCCUGCCCCUUCACGGUAAAAGGCAUCGAGGUGCGCGCCCCCACGCCCGUGAACAGGUACCUCCCCGCCCCGCAGGCGCCCACCGUCCGCGGCACGUGGGAGGUUCACCCGUCCGCCGGCGCCGCCGACACGCUCAUGUUCGUGUACCCCCGGGACCCGGGGCUGGUGGGCCGGUACCUGGGGGCGGCGGGGCAGGGGGGUGUGCGGGUCGUGCUGUGGCUCGGCCCGCGGGCGGACUGGAGCGUGUUUGGGGGGUGUUUCGGUGGUGUGGAGGGGUUUGGGGAGGUUGAGGUUGUCGAGGGGGCGAGGGCGGGCGUCGCUGAGUUUGAGAUGGUUGCUGUUCUGCGGCGGCGGGGGAGGGGGUGA